CAAGGGCGGGCGAGAAAGUGAAAGCGCUACUCUGAACUGCAGGGAUCCCUGCUACAUUUCUGUGAAUAUCCAUAUCUCAGAUGAACUUUGGAGCUUACCCACGCGCCUCUGCAGAGACCCAGGACCGAAUCCACACACACGGGCGAGUGUCAAAGCGCAGGGUUCAGCUGACUUGUCACCAACUGUCUCCUUUCUUCACUCUACGCACUCGGAGCUGCGCGCAGCAGGAAUGGCGGAGCCUAAUGGGAUCCUGAUAAAAGGGGGGAAAGUUGUUAACGAGGACUGCUCCGUGAUCAGCGACGUCUUUAUUGAAAAUGGGAAAAUAGUUGAAGUCGGGCUGAACCUUCAGGUCCCGGCUGGAGUGCGGGUCAUCGAUGCCACCGAUAAACUGGUGAUUCCGGGCGGCAUCGAUACGCACACACACAUGGAGCUGGCGUUCAUGGGCACCAAAGCCGUGGAUGACUUCUACAUCGGAACCAAGGCUGCUCUGGCAGGAGGGACCACAAUGAUCCUGGACUUUGUCAUCCCCCAAAAAAACAAGUCUCUCCUGGAGGCCUACGACUGCUGGCGCAAGACAGCAGACCCCAAAGUUUGCUGCGACUACUCGCUGCACGUCGCCGUCACCUGGUGGAGUGACAAGGUCAAGAAAGAGAUGGAGACGCUGGCCAAAGAGAAAGGAGUGAAUUCCUUCAAGAUGUUCAUGGCCUAUAAAGAUGUGUUCAUGCUGCAGGAUGCCGAGUUAUAUGCCGCCUUCGCCCAAUGUAAAGAGAUUGGUGCCAUAGCACAGGUGCAUGCUGAGAAUGGAGAUCUGAUUGCAGAGGGGGCUAAGAAGAUGCUGUCCAUGGGCAUCACGGGGCCCGAGGGCCACGAACUGUGUCGGCCAGAGGAGGUAGAGGCCGAGGCCACCCAGCGAGCCAUCACCAUCGCCCACGCUGUCAACUGCCCGCUCUAUGUGGUCCAUGUCAUGAGUAAAUCUGCUGGCAAGGUGGUGUCUAAUGCACGAAGAGAUGGCCGGGUGGUGUUCGGCGAGCCAAUUGCAGCCGGACUGGGGACUGAUGGAACUCACUACUGGAACAAAGAGUGGGCCCACGCUGCUGCCUUUGUCAUGGGGCCUCCCCUCAGACCUGAUCCCAGCACCCCUGGGUAUCUCAUGGACCUACUGGCCAACGAUGAUCUAAGUGUGACGGGAACGGACAACUGCACCUUCUCCGUGUGUCAGAAGGCUCUGGGCAAAGACGACUUCACCAAGAUCCCCAACGGAGUGAACGGCGUGGAGGACAGGAUGUCGGUCAUCUGGGAGAAAGGAGUGCACAGCGGCAAAAUGGACGAGAAUCGAUUUGUGGCUGUCACCAGCAGCAACGCAGCAAAAAUCUUCAACUUCUACCCACAGAAGGGCCGUAUCGCCAGGAACUCGGAUGCUGAUGUGGUUAUAUGGGACCCAAAGAUGACAAGGAGGAUAUCAGCCAAGACCCACCACCAGGCUGUGGACUACAACAUCUUUGAGGGCAUGGAGUGCCACGGCGUCCCUGUCGUGACCAUCUCCAGAGGCAAAGUGGUCUACGAGGAUGGGCUGCUGAAGGUGUCACCGGGGCAGGGCAGGUUCAUCCACAGGAAGCCCUUCUCUGAGUUUGUUUACAAGAGAAUCAAGCAACGAGAGCAGGUGGGAAAACCUACAGCUGUGAUCAGAGAGCCCUAUAAAGGCAAAGUCAUUUCUGUGUGAACAACCGACUGAGAACAUGAAAGGCAGUUUGAAUCUCCAGGUGUAUCUCUCCAGUACAAUUAAGAUGCUACCGAAGACGAAACAAGCAAAUGUUUUUCUCACGGAUAUGCCUCAUCUUAGCAGUUUAUCCAUCAGUUAUAAUAUAUUUCUGCAAGUAAUAGAAUCACUUAAAUCGCUAUUUGCAGUCGUACCGGCGGUUGGGGAUGGUGGUUGCCUAAUCAACUCCAAGGUCAACGUUCUGCUGGAAGACAACAUUGUGUUAUUUUUUCCGGCGGCGUCAGGUUUCCAGGUCAACUCUGUUCAGUGUAAAGUUCAGCGGAACCACUGAAAAUUGCAUAUGUCUAACGCAGUGACUCCCUGGAAGGAAUGAAAAUGGGCUUUAUGCAUGAUUCAGUGGUUAAAAAUGUGAAGGAAAAAUGAUCUUUAUUGUAUACUGUGCCUUUUGUGCAAUACAAAAAAAGCGUGAAGCCUGA